UUUUCUCAUUCUAACUUAUUGCACCAGUGCAACGGUGCAGAUAGAAAGAACAGACCAUAUAAUUGAUCGAAUCGUAGAUAAACACGCAUUAUUUUGACUGCGUAAUAUGAGGUGACAUGUGGGUGCACGUGUACUGAAGACUUUGGAAAUUUCAUAAUUAUUGAUCGUGUAUGUAAACCUAUAAGGAAAGCAGCUACAAUAUUAUAUUUGGAUACAUCACUGUUAAUACUAUUCAGCAAACAUGUAUCCGUCGUAUAAUUUAGUAGAGUCGAUUGUUGACGAGGUUGCCCUGGAAGGGUUAGACGGCAUUACUUUACAAGCAUUAUGGCUACGACUAACAAACAGAUUAAAUGAGCCAUUACCAUUUCCAAAGGCUUUUAUGGAACAGAUAUGGUUAAUAUGUAAGCAAGUGAAGGAUUUUCUAUUUUACAAAUUGGAGACGCCCAGAGAGCCACUUGUGAUAUUUGAUCGUUAUGAGUUUGUGCAUCCUGAACUUGGUAUUAUACUCGAACCACCAAAUGUUCCACCAGAUAUUUAUCCUCAUUGUCCUAUUCAAGAUGCUAAGACAGGUAUACGAGGAUCUUGUUCUACGUAUUACACAAGAAAAGACAUCAAAGAAGAUGUGAAACAAGCAAGUUUAGACGAAGUGACAGAAAAGUAUGGAUUAAGUUUGGUGAUUGUAGCAUCUCAGCAAGCUAGGACACGUGCCUUAAUGGGUGUUAACGUAAGUCCAAUAUUGGAACUAACGCUCAUGCACUAUUGCUUCUUGGAGAGAGUAGGACGAUCUCGAUACCAUGGCGAGGUCACGCAAGGCAAGCUCAGUUUAGCUGCGCUUAAAGAGAAUCCGAAGAGCUUGUUUUAUCACCGAAAGUUUCUGCUGCAGCACAAAUUAAUUACCAAGCAGGUCCACCAUCAGAAGAGCGCCGGUCAUUGCAAUAGUGGUAGUCUUUUGCAUUUGACGCGCUUUUAUGUGGAACGAAAGCCAAAGAUGAUCUAUCUGGCAGAGCAGGUUCUUGACAUUUUAAGAUCGAAAGAACACGGUGCAGCUGAGUACGACGAGAUAAAAAAGCAACUUGGAAUCGAGAAUUCUAUCAAGAAAUUAUUUAAAACUGCUUUCUUUCAAAAAAUUGUAAAGCCAGACAUUAGAUUAUUAUACAGAACUUUGUAUCCCAAUGCAGAACCUAAUGAAUGGCAGCAAAAGAAUGAUCCUACAAAGGAGAAAAAGAUUAGGGUUGUGCAGCUAUUAUAUCCAGAUGUCGACAUUGCUGAUCUAUGGAACAAGGAUGAUAAGGAUGAGAAGGAUGAGGAAGAAGAUAUUGAAUUGGACGUAUCUAAUCAUAAGUUUAAUGUUCCUUAUCUGCAGCAAGCGAAUGCUAUUGUUGAAGCUAGUAAAUCAGAAGGUAUAUCUCAAGUGUUUUUGGGAAGAACGAUGGGCCUUACUAAACUACAAUCUAGAGCAUUUCUGAAGAAUUUGGUAAAAGCGGGUAUUACUGCAACAUAUAUGAAUGAUAUUGGCCGGCAAAGGAUUACAAGAUAUGUGUCAAAGAAAUUUGAGAAACGUAGCAAACUAAGUAAGCAAUUUAAUAAAGAAGUACGUAAGAUUAAGGAGCUCACUAAGAAAAUAACUAGCAAGAAUGAAAAGAAUCUGGAUAAUCAAGCAAACUCUCAAAUAGAAAACGAAAAAUCCAUGAUCCACGAAGAUGAUCAGACAAAUGAAAAAUCUUGUUUUGAGCAUCAGAAUGAUAGUGAUAUAUCAAGUAUUGAUAAAGAUAAAAAAGACGAAAAAGAAAAAGAUAAAUAUCUAGAUGCAAAUUAUACUAUUAAAAAGGAAACAAAAUUGAAGAAUUUGUUUUAUACAGUCAACAGAAUUUUGUAUAAAUACCGCUUAUCAAAAUUUCGAUCUAAAUACAAAUGCACAACAUUGAAAUCUAUAUUAAAGAAGACAAAGGGUUUUGAUAUCAAGACAAAGAAUUUCAAUGCAAAGAAACCGAAAGUGAAGUUUAAUGCUUCAUCUCUAAAUUUGCAGCAAAUUGUAAAUGCCAAAGCCACAUCACUGUAUAACAGUAUAAAAACGAAUUUGGUGACGCAAAAGCCCGUUUGUUUGGGAAAAGGAGUUAGUGAAGUGUUUGGUUUUAUGGAAGCUGUACAUAAUAAUCAGACGAAAAACGCUAAUAUUACAUACAGAUUGUUAAAGCGUGCCAACAUGAUAAUCGAGGCAGUGAAAGAACAUCAAGUGAUUGAUGAUACAGCGAAACUCAUGAAAAUGAUCUGCGAGGAGGAAAGUAAAGAGGGUUAUGUUGUGAAGAUUGACAAGAAGUCUCUCAUAAGACUUUUGCAGAAACUUGCUAAAGAUAACCUGGUGAAGAACAUCAAAUUAACUUUAAGCGCAAAUGGACGUGAAAAGAACUUGAUGUUUAUUUGUGAUCCUAACGUCGAUACUGAUCAUACAGUGAUCAAGUCAGCUGUCGAGCAGGCGAAAGUCAAGUUCUGUUUAUUAGCUUCUCAGAAGGCAAAGAUCAUGAAAAAAGCAAUGGAUAAACAGGAUAAGGCGGAUGCUGUUAAAUCGACGAACUCUAAGGAACAAUUAAAUGAUCUCAAUAAGAAAGUGUCCAAAUUGCAUACCGCAAAUCACAAGUACGAUGCUAAGGCUGGCAAACGUUACGGUCUCAGCCCGAAAUUUAUCAGAAUGCGGACUGUGCAUCUUCUUCUUUUUUAUUUAGUCUACGAUCAUCCUGGUAUACCGGAAUUGUCCCAGCAAAAACAGGUGGAAAUUCUCAAGUUUAAUGGAUACGAGAUUGACGACGAUCUCAUCGAGGAAUUUAGCACUAUUUAUAACAACGAAGUAAAUUGGAAGAUGUUUGUUCCACCUUUGCCUAAACACAAUGGAUGGUCCGAAGGUUGGGCGCUAAUGUGCGACGUUCUAUUAGGGAUGCCUUUGUCGAUUUUUACUAAGGUACAUAAUAUCACUUUUACGAUUCCGGAGUUGGAGCAUUAUUUAAACCAUCCAAUCAGGAAACAUUAUCUCGUCAAGAAUCUUCCGGUUACUAUACGUAAUACGCUCUUGCAUGCGCGAAAGUAUAUAUUCAAUAUCCAUGAUACAAUAACAAGAUUAGCUUACAUUGGUCUGGUCCAGUUUGGUCCACAACGGCUGAAAGACAAAGAUCAAGUGUUUAUCUACGUGAAUCGACACACGGAAUUGAUGGACACAACUUCUUCGGCACCGAGCUAUCACAAAAUUGAAAAUAAAUCAUAUCCGGUGACCAAAUAUUUCUUUGAUCGCAUGCAGGCCGUCGACAAUUAUUGGUACGAUAUGUGGAAUAUUUGCAUUAAUACACUACUUGGCGGUAGACAGGCGGUACAAGGCAAGGACAUUCUACUUGAGGAUCUAACCAAGAAGACUGAAAUGAUAAAUGCAAUUAAAGCACGCAAAACUGAAGAGGCUGUGGAAAAGGAUACUGGUGUAGUUCCCGGAGAUCGGCAAGGAGCGGCUGGUAUUGACUCAGCUUUCUUUGCGCAUUUGAAACGCAAUUGGAACUGGUCAAUCAAUUAUUCUACAAAUAAUCAGACUUCUAGAAAUCAUGGAAAAUCCAACAUAGGUCAACGAGAUUUGCAUUUAUCGAAAAUUCAAAUAAAACCAGUUAAGUUUACGGAGUACGAUGGUUUAAAGAAGAUCUCGGGACCGCCGCCACCGCCUACUACUGUCAGCGCAAAUGAAUUGCGGAAGAAAGUUCAGGAUCAUCUCAAAAUCGGGGGAAGGAAAAAUGAGGCCCUGACAUCGCAUCACUCUAGCAGACAAAAAUCCUUUGUGCGGCGUGUGUUGCCACGUAAAAAAAGUGUACGGAAGCCUCGUCUCAAGUACGACGAGGACGACUAUCGCGCGAUGCAGCGAAUGGAUAAGUUACGAGUAGAUUGGGACUCUCACGAAGAUAACAUUCUGCUGGUGUGUAAAGUAGCAACGACCUACUUAUCGCCGAAUCCACGCAAGCAGAUGGUCGGCUUUGUAGCGGUGCGAGAUGUACUGCGACAAUAUUCCUACACUUCAUACAACAAGACUUCGCGCGCUUGUCAGCGCCGGUUGAUGUACAUGUUGCGACAGCCACGUACGGUGAACAGCGUCAUGCUGGGUGUCGAGGAGAUCAAACAGGAUCCGUACGUCGACAGUCGAUACGGCGGCACGAUGGACAGACUAAAAAGCGAGUGCUCGAACUCGGUAGAAUACGAGAAGCGGCUGACAGAGAUUUUUAAGGAGCUUGUUGGUUAUAUCGUUAAGACAUAUUAUGACAUUGCGGAGAUUAAACCAAAGAAGCAUAUGGUGAUGCCGAAGACCGUACAGGAAUUUAAUCUUCUUUUCGAGGUAUUCCAUCCGAUGAAACCGUAUUAUAAUCAUGGUUUCACAAAGGAUAUACGAAACAUAAAUGACAUUCAUUCAGCGACUCUCAAUUCUGUUAUACACAGUUCUAUGUGUUGUGGAAAGGAUAGGCGUUCUUGGGCUUAUCAACUUUUUAUGGUAUAUCAACACUAUUCGGAGGCUCUUUUAAAACAAGCAAUGAAUAAGAUUAGAUCGGAUCAAUUGGUGACUAUAAAGAAGCACCACUUGGCGACUAUUAAGAAAUAUGGCAAUUAUAUGCCGAUGAGCAGUUCACAGUAUCAACUGAGUAUUAAUUACAUCUACAAGUUCCAGACCAAAUGGACUUAUGAUGCCUUCAAGGAGACCUACGAUGUCUUCGAGAAAUUACUGCAAUGGUAUUCCGAGCACAAAAAUGUUGUUUCCUCACAGGAACAGGAAGCAAUAUUCAACGGCGUUGAAAUUCCAGUUUCCAGUGGCAUCAUUUGUGUUAUGCAUGAUCUUCUAACACGCGAUCAAAUUGACUUUGACAUCGAGAUGCCGGACCAAAUUAUUAUGCUGGACGCGAGAUAUCAAGGCAAGGACGAAACUUAUUUUAGAGCUGCUCAAAAAUAUCAGGAUAUUUUGACAAGACUUUAUCGCUUUAAAUUUGAAAACGUUGCCGCCCAGAAGGCCGCUCAAAAAGCCGCAGUUUCUGAAACGGAAGAAUCUUAUGAAACACAGGAAAAUUCUUUGAAAAGGAAGAGACCUGUCGAAAACGAUGAUCUUGAAGAAUCAGAGUCGAAGAUUUCUCGUCAAAACGAGGAAAGCAACGAAAGAAAACAAAAGGAAAACAAACAAGAAGUAAUUGAUAAAACCCAAUUUGAGCAAAAUGGAGAUAUAUCAACCAAUGUGAACCAAUCAUCACUUCACGAAUGUAGUAAUCUUGAAGAGACGAAUCUAAAGGAUCUUUGUUCUCACGAGCAAAGUGGAAAGAAAACUCAUGCAAAAUGUUCAUCAAGAAAGAGAUCUGCCAAUAUUGAACUGGAUAACGAAGAUCAGUGCUCUAAAAGAAUAAGAUUAAACUCUGACGAUUCGAUGGAUCUCGAAGACUUAGAUGAAAGCGAAGAAUCAAGGCUUCUCGAAGAAGAAUGUGAACGAUUAUGCGAAGAUUUUGACAGCAUUGAAAAACUAUUUCCGACAAAUGAAUUCAAGGACGAAGAAGCUUCUUCGAUGCAAUCGAAUGUAAUCGAUAUGACUUUGGUUCCUCGACGUGUCAGCGAAAUUCUCAAAAACAUGUUGCCUGAGAGAAGUUACUUUAAUUCCCAUACUAAGGUAGAAGAUACGACUGACGUUCAAAAGAAAUAUACUAGAAUAGCUAUGUUGAAAAUGAGGGAAGAACUAGAUGAUCUUUCAGUAACCGACAGUCAUCACGCGCACGAAUACUUUGUGGUUAAUAACUUCAGAAUGUUCUAUAGCUUGGAAAUGUCACCAUCUUCAAGUACUGAAGCAUCUGGAGCGUUGUUAAAUGAUGUUGAAAGUUUUAAAGGUUACUCAGUACCUAGUCAAUUAGUGCCGCUGAGAAUUGGGACUGUAAAUAAUUUUCUCGACAAAUUAAAUCGAACUGCUAUUUUUCCGAAGAGCGGUAUCUCUUACACGGACUACAAGAAUGAGAUUGUGACAAAGAAAAAGGAAAUAGCAGUUGUUUGGAAAUAUGUCGAUGCGAUAUAUGAGUUCGUUCACGAGAAAAAAGAAAUUGGCGUCACUUCGCAAGAAUUGCUGGAUAAGUUCUUCGAUGAGCAAAAAGAAGACUUGUACAAGGCAGUUUCGCUUUUAGUAGACAAUUAUAUAUUUUUACGUUGUGGCGUCACCAAGCCGCGCUAUAUCCACCAUCGUUAUUUGGAUCCUUGGUUAAUUCAUUCUUGCAAGAUAUUUCGACUUGAACAAGAAUCUUUAGUGCCAUUCAAGGACAGUAUAUAUGCCACAAUGCAGCAAGGAGAAACAAUUGAGACAAAUAUUGAAACAGAGGCGAAAGAUACAAUUGAGACAAAUGUUGACAUGGAGGCGAAAGACACAGAUCUCCAUAACGAUGCAAAUGAAAAACAUGAAACAGAUAAUAUGAUAGCAUCAACAUCAUCGGCUAACCAAGAAAGUGAUGAGAAGAAAACCGAAAAAGUGGACUUAAUUAAUGAGGAAAAUGGAAACAAGGAAGACUGCGAGAUAAAUGAGGAGAGUAUCUCACACACGAGAAAAAGAAAGCAAAGGAUACGUUCACAUUCACAAAAGGACUUGUAUAAAUCUGCUCAGCAGUUAGAUUUUACAACUACCGAAGAAAUAAGAGUAAUGAUAAAACCAUGGAUACGUAUAGACGGUGUGGUGCAUCGCAAAGUUCUAGAUCGAAUGUUAGGUGCAGUUCUGAGUUAUUGUUUGCUCCAUCCUGGGCUCACGAUGGCGAAAAUGCAAAGCAGAUUUGUUCCUGUUUUACAGCCUUUCCAUACACGUGAAUUAGUUGAAAUGUUGAUAAAGUUGGGAUGUUUAAAGAGUAAGCUCUUGAAGAAGACGCGCGUUACUCUGUUCUCUCCACCGCCUGUAAUUAACCUUAGUGAUUUAACUGCGGAUACCGUUGGUUGGUUCACUGAAGAUGAAAUAAUACUUGAGCCUACCACAGAUGCUAUAUUGAAGUUCAGUAUAUUCUUAAGUACGAGAACGUACAGUACAGAUUUUAUGCCGUAAUCAAAGUUAGGAAAUAAAACACACAAUUGUAUUAUAUUGUACUGUGUAUAGCCUGAUAAAUGAAAAUGUAUUGAUUACGCAUUGUACAGUAUAUAUAAAAUAUAUUUAUUAUGUAUAUAUAGGUAUGUUAGAACAAUUUUAUUCUGAAUAAAGUGAUAUUAGAAUACUA